AUGAAACCUGUAACGAUACUGGGAGGUGGUCUUGGGGGGUUGACACUCGCCCUAUCUCUACGAAAGCAAGAUGUUCCAUGUGUGGUCUACGAAUAUCGCGAUGAAGAAUUCCGGAAAGGAGGCGACAUUGCCCUGUCGCCCAACGCUCUGCGUGUUCUGGACCACGUUGGGGUUUAUGGCAGAGUGAGGAAGCAGGGUUGGAACUACGACGCUGUAAGAAUGAUUAGCGUCGCGGGCAAGUAUCUGGGGUCCCAUGCUUGGGGAGGAUUGAACAGCUUCCACUACCACUGCCUACGCAUCAACCGGGAUAUAGUUCGACGGGCUUUGUUGGCCGAGGCCCAGUUGCAGGGCAUCCCUAUUUACUUCAACAAGAAAUGUGUAGCAAUCUCAGAAGAGGGAGACGGAAUUUCGCUAGCGUUCCAAGACGGCGAAACGGUCCACACAGAGUUCCUGAUCGGGGCAGAUGGUAUUCAUUCCAUAACCAGACAGUACCUCUAUCCUGGGAGUUACUCCAAGUACAGCGGCUUGCUCGUUGCGUUGGGCCAUACCCAACGGCAUCGCAUUGGCAAUUCGCUGGACGGGAUGCAUUUGCCAUGUAUGUUUUUCGGCAAGAACGGGACACUUUCAAUUCUCCCCAAUAGCUACGACGGGGAAGAGAUCGGCUAUUUCAUCACGACAGAUGUUCCAGACCGAGGUGCAGAGAAUUGGGCAUUGCUGGAGAAGGACAAACAGGCCAUCAGUCGGAUUUUCGACGAGAUAAUUGAAGAGAAGGGCUGGCCGCAGUUUGUGAGGGACUUGCCCAGACAAACACGCCUGGAGGACUUCCGAACAUGGCCCUUCGCAAAGGUUCCUGAUCUCGAACAUUGGGUUUCUCGGACCGGCCGAGUAAUCUUGAUUGGGGAUGCAGCACACGCCAUCCCCCCUUCCGGCGGACAAGGAGCAGCAUCCGCCUUUGAAGAUGCCGAAACUCUGGCAUACGUGUUGGCCAAGCUGAACUUACCUGGCUCUACACUGCCAAAUCUGAGGCAAAGCCUUGCACGCUGGGAGACACAUCGCAUGGAUCGUAUCCGUCAAAUUCUGAGUUACACUAUUCGAGCAGGGAACAUUAGGAAACGGAGUUCGGGAAUGAUGCAGAUACUCAAAGAGUGGACCAUCUGGACGAUGUUCAAAUUCUACGAAUACAGUGGGGGAGGGCCCGCAUGGAUCUACAAUUACAGCGCAGAGAAUAUCCUUAGUAUUAUAUCCAAGUAG